GCGAAGGAAAACAAUAGCCUGGACGGACCGGGAGAAAUAGGAGAAGAUGGGGGCGUGAGGUGUUUACUUUGAUAGUGGCUCCUACACCGGUGAUGCAAGCCCAGGUGUUGAUGAUACUACAAAAACAUGCUGUGAAAAGUGUAGGUUCGUAACACUACUGCUUGGAUUUGGACUUGAAUUUCAGUUUUUAUUGAUUGAGCCCUCACAGUCACGUCACCCCUCCAAAAACAACAACACUGCAGGGUGCUCAAGCAUGAUUCUGGUGGGAUGUACUUUUUCUCUGCCAAGAGCUCGUGAUGUUUUUGUAUAAUCGUUGACGUUGAGAAGGAAGGGUGUACAAAUCUAAUACUAUGGCUAGAAAUCCUGGAGAUUUACAACAUCCAGUUGAAAAGCAACCUUCUGCUAAUCACCCUCAUGUCAAAGUCAAGUUGAAGAGAAGCAGUGUCUCAUGGGAAGUGCACAGUGAUCAAGAAGAGAGGGAUGAUGCCACUGUCACUUGUAAGAAUGAUGACACGAUUGUAAUGCCCAAACAACAGACAGUCACAGUAGACAGUGCAAAAGGCAGAGUUCAUCAAUCCUACUUCGCAUGCUGUUCUAGUUUUCAAAAUGACUUGCUGUGUGAGAAAAUAAUUGACUCAGAUGACACAAGGACAACAGUAGGCAGUCAGAAAUGUCCUUCUGGUGCCAAGGAAGUAGAUCUACAACACAGAUGUAAUGCGGAAAUAAGUGAAAGUACAUUGCCACCUGAUGAAAAGUCAUCCUUGGUAAAAGAGGCAAAUGUAAAGAUGUCCUUGACUCAAGAUUGUAGGAAAGUCAGAACAAGUUGCCCUGAGACAUUGACGUAUGAAACACCAAGGGCUGGUUACAAAUGUACUGAUGGUUCAGGAAAUGAGCAACCAAGGUUAGAUGUGGUCAGGCCAAGUUGCUCCGAAACAGUGACUUGUGAAAAACCGAGUACAGAAGGAUCAGAACAAGAGUCACCAAGGUUGUGUGCUGUCAGGCCAAAUGGCACUGAAACAGUGAUUCACAAAAAGCAAAGGACUAGGGACAACAAGUGUACAGAAGGUUCAGUAAAUGAGCUACCAAGGCUGGAGGCAGUCAGGGAAACCUGUAGAAAGCUGCUGGCACAGGCCUUUGAAAGAGAGACACAUAACAUACAACUGGUGAGAGAACUGGCCAACAGCAUUGAGGACCAUAUCUUCUCUGAGUUCAAGAACACAGGAACGAAGUAUAAGAACAGAGUACGGAGCAGAAUUGCUAACCUGAAGGACCCUCAGAACCCUGAGCUGAGAAGGAGGCUGGUACAGGGGGACAUCACCCCUCAACAGAUGGCUACAAUGUCAGCUCAGGAGAUGGCCUCAGAAGAAGUGAAGAAGUUUCGUAGGCAGGUAUCAGAGGAGUCCAUCCAAAGACGACAGGUUCCCCAUGCUGAUGGAACCAUGACAGACAUGUUCAAAUGUGAGAACUGUGGGCGAGAAAACUGCUGCUACAACCAGUAUCGAGGGUUUUCAGCAGAUGGCCCCAUUGCAUCACCAUUUGUCUUCUGUAUGGAUUGUGGCAACAGAUGGAAGUUUUUUUGAAGCAAGAAAGCUGGAUCCAAAGAUGUAACUGUGGAUGAACUUUGACCUAGAACUGACAAGGUCAGAGUUGGAGUGUUCUGAAGACAGACAU